GUUUCAGGUGUCUCCACCAGGUGAAGUCGAUCAACUGAAGGAUGACGUCUACAUGUCCACCCACCUCCACAGCUCCGCACAAUGUAACCAAACUGUAAUAACAGCACAGUUUAUCUUACAGGUAGAGGUGAAGGUUUAUCCUUCAGAAACACUGUUCAUUUAUUUAUCACCUGAGGAAGAGGAGGAGGAAGAGGAAGACCGCGGCUCAUGGCUCUGAUUGUGGUCGCUGUCAUACUGCUGCUGACCGGGAAGUGGGACAAGACUGUCCUCGCAGACGCUCAGUCCUGUGUGGAUGAGAGCAGGUUUAAGGAGCAGGUGCUCCAUGUGGGGCGGCAGGAGCCUCCAUAUCGGCUGAGCUGCCCUCUGGAGCCCCGGAGCUCCCCCCAGCCCAAACUGACCUGGCAGAAGGACUGCCAGCCGCUCCUCACUCAGGAAGGGAAGGCCUACCUGGAGUUUACCAGCCUCAGCUUGGACGACCAAGGGAAUUACACCUGUGUGCAACAGGGCAACAGCACGGCCUCAUUCACUGUGCGCCUCAUAGUUAAAGAGUCCCAGUGCUCCAAAGCCCCAGAAUUUAAAUCGAAGGGGGGCGAACUCUGGAAUAUUGAGGGAUCCACUGAGACGCUGAACUGCACUGCUCUCCUCCUCUGGGACCCAACAGAGGAGCACUGUGACACCACGCUGCGGUGGAGCAAAGAUGGCCAACCCCUCACCAACCACACACAUUACACGGAGAAUACCUCCUCAUGGUCUCCUGUCGCUGGUCAGCUGAUGGUAAACAGUCUGCUGGUGAUCAACCUCACAGAGCGGGAAGAUUUUGGGCUCUACAGCUGCACAGUGAGGAACAAUUCCACUGACUUCACCUUGAAGUAUUCAUACAUCUUUGUGUGCCCACGCUACCUCGGCUCUGGCCCCAACCACACAGGUGCUGUCAUCGCAGCCAUCGUCCUCCUCCUUGCCCUGGCUAUAGCUGCUAUUGUGUACUCCAGGUGUCACCUGAACAUCAAACUCUGGUACAGGAACUCCUACGGAGACUAUGAACUCAACGAUGGCAAAUUAUAUGAUGCCUAUAUCUCCUAUGUGAACAAUGAUCAUGACAGGAAGUUUGUCAACUUUAUUUUUAAACCUCACCUGGAGAAUAAAAACGCGUACAAGGUGCACCUCAAUGACAACGAUAUCCUACCUGGCUCAGAACCUUCUGCAGAGCUGCUGAUGAACAUGAGUCGCUCUCGGCGUCUGAUCGUGUUGCUCUCUUAUGCUUACCUUGAGCAGGACUGGUGCAUCAAUAACUUCAGACAGGGCCUUCUGCACCUGUUGGAGUUGUGUCCGCGGCCCAUCCUCAUCAUGCUGCAGGGUCAGUCCAAACGCAUGAGGCAUGACAUCAAGCAGCUGCUCAGUGAGCACGAGCACUGCCUCACCGUACUCACCUGGAGGCAGAACUCUGUGACGCCAUCCUCAGCGUUCUGGAAGGAGCUGGCCUUAGCGAUGCCUCGCAGAGUCGUCUUCCGCAGCGAGUCUGCAGGCGACCCUCAGACUGUGCUACAUAAUGACAAGGACCCCAUGCUGACCCUCGACUCCAACUACCUGGACACUCGCUCAGACACUGACCCUGCUGGAGAUCUGGGGCUUCGCCUCCCUGUGUACAAGGCUCUGGCCUUUAAAGCUCCAGUCCUCCCCGCCGCUCCCAUCACCGCAGCUGAGCCCAAAACCUCCGACAUCGACGUGUCGGACCUGGGAUCACGCAACUACGGAGCCCGCUCAGACUUCUACUGCCUGGUCACUGAGGAAGACAUAUGAUCGACGCUCCCCUCACUUCUACUGAUCACCUACAUGGAGAUCCUCUUUAGCAUUGCUUUAUCUAGUAAAUGUGUUUUUCUUGUUAUGUAUAGUGUGUUGUUAAAAUCAAAGUGUGUGUUCAGUUUUUCUGUUGCCACUUACCAAAGAAUGAUUUUUACUGUUUUUUGUAUUUUAUACUGUAAAUAUUUUAUGAGAAAUUGUACAAGAAAUUAUAUUAUGUGUCAAUCAGGGAAAGAAGUAACUUUUGAUUGUCUUUUCACUGCCAACAUCUCGAUGAAGUCCCCAGCAGAGGGCAGAGUCAUGUCAGAUAAGAUUAAGGAUUUCUGCUUUUCAUGCAGUUUGUCAUAAUUUGGCAGCUGACACUGGCACACAGAGGUUCGGGAAAGACAGAGAAAAUACAUUUAACAGAGUGUUAAAGUCAGAUUUGAUCACUGGUAUCUGUUUGCAUACCAGAUAAAUGACACAGCUCAUGACUGAAGAACUCAUACUUCUUGACAUUUGUGUUCAGGUGGAGGCUUUGUGUGUGAUGUAAACAGACUCUGAUAGCAACACCAGCAAUCACGCUAAUAAAACAGUUUGACAAAA